UUGCCCCACCCACCGCUUCAAGCACAUACACACUCUUCCCCCUUACCCAUCACCCUCACCCUCACCCUCACGUAACCCACUUUCGAAGCAACAUCUUCGCCUCCCAACUUUCCUUUCAAAUAAAUAAAACCCUUCAUGAUUCCACCACCAACAAAACAACCCUUCGCUUCCUUCAUCUUCUUUAUUCUCCUCCUCCUCAUCGUCCUCAUCUCAAAGCCAAAACAGAUUCACUUUUCUGAAAUGGGUGUGCUGGACGAAGACCCCAAUUCAAAACCCAUCUUGAUCCGCGAGGUGUGGGCCUCCAAUCUAGAAUCCGAAUUCGAGGUUAUUCGCGAAUUGAUCGACAACUACCCUUUCAUUUCCAUGGACACCGAAUUCCCAGGCGUUAUUUUCCGCCCCCACGUGGACCCCACUAAACCCUACCUCCGCCGCCACCUCCAACCCUCCGACCACUACCGUUUCCUCAAGUCCAACGUGGAUACCCUCAACCUUAUCCAAGUCGGUCUCACCCUCUCCGAUUUCAACGGGAACCUACCCAACCUCGGAACCGGCAACCGUUUCAUCUGGGAAUUCAACUUCAGCGACUUCGACGUCGAGCGUGACGCUCACGCGCCGGACUCAAUCACUCUCCUCCGGCGCCAGGGGAUCGAUUUCCGCCGCAACGCCGCCGAGGGAGUGGACUCGGCGCGGUUCGCGGAGCUGAUGAUGUCGUCGGGGCUUGUCUGCAACGAGUCGGUGAGUUGGGUGACGUUUCACAGCGCCUACGAUUUCGGGUAUUUGGUUAAGAUCCUGACCCGACGGAGCCUGCCGAACGGGUUGGAGGAAUUUCUGAGGAUGUUGAGGGCGUUUUUCGGAAACAAUGUUUAUGACAUCAAACACAUGAUGCGGUUCUGCGACACCCUGUACGGCGGUUUGGACCGGCUUGCUCAGAGCCUGAACGUGAACCGGGCGGUUGGGAAAUGCCACCAAGCUGGGUCUGACAGCUUGUUGACGUGGCAUGCGUUUCAGAAAUUGAUAGACAUUUAUUUCGUGAAGGAUGGGCCCCAGAAACAUGCGGGUGUGUUGUUCGGAUUAGAGCUCACUUGUUCUGUCAGUUAAAAAUCUGAAAAUGAGAUAAAAACAGAUUAUACAUAAAUAAAAAAUUCAUUGAUU